AUGCUCCAUAAUGACUGGGUAAGCUGGUGGCUCGAGACAGGGUUUGGUAAGAAGGGCCACAUACCCUGGGACGCGAAACAUCAGUCUAGCACAUGGGAUGCUUUUCACCAGGUCGCCCAUAGCUCAGAUGGUGCUGCAAAGGUUAUGUGUAAGCGCUGUGGACAAAUUCUUGAGCAUCCAAACUUCGCCCGUAUAACAAAGGAUGGGAGGAAACAGCGUCAAGGAACCUCAACCAUGAAGAAUCACCUUAUAAGUGCAGGCUGUAUUAGAGCUUCCCAGGGUGAGCGGUCGAAUAUCACACGAUAUCUACAGCCAAAGAAUAUACCGAUCGCCGACGAGUUUAGUCAAGAGAAAUGGGAGCGAGAGCUUCUUACACUUCUUACGGUCGCGCGUCUCCCUUUUCGGCUGAUUGAGCAUCCUACGUUUUAUCGUUUAAUCCAGAUGGCCCAGUCCGCGCCAAAGGUCCCUGAGAUCCCUUCAGCAAAGACUAUACGACGCCGCCUACAAUCCUCCGUACAACAACAACAGGAAGAUAUCCUAAGAACGCUUCCGGAUGAUACAAAGAUCUCAAUUGCGCUCGAUUGCUGGACCUCGCCUUUUACACAGGCAUUUAUGGCUAUAACUGGCUACUUUAUCAAUAAGGACUGGCAAUACCGUGAGGUUCUUCUCGGUUUCGAACCGCUUCAUGGAUCACACUCUGGGGCUAACUUAAGUGCUAUACUCCUCGAUAUUCUUCUUAAACAUAAGAUUGAAGAUCGGGUCUUCGCUAUCACAACCGAUAAUGCAUCAAAUAACCAAACAUUAGUUGAUACAUUACAGCAAGCAAUAUCAGAGGACACUACCCUUAUUCGGGUUCCAUGCCUUGCUCAUGUGAUUCAGCUAAGUCUAAAUGAGCUUCUUGGGCACAUUAAGGCUUGCCCGCAGAAUGAAUCAACAGAGACACGGUGGACAGAGCAGCGAUCCCAGUCAGCUCGUGCGAAUACAACUAAGCAAGAUAUUGCCAACACACUAUCUAAGAUUCGAAACCUUGCUGUCUAUAUAAAUGCAAGCCCUCAACGCCGAGAGACCUUCUACAAUCUACAAGGCGAAACCAUAAAGCUGAUGCCACUCCAAGACGUUAAGACACGCUGGAAUUCCACGUUCCUAAUGCUUCGACGUGCAAAGCGCCUGCGAUCGUUCUUCCAGCCAUUCUGUGAUGAGUAUGAGCGGCCUGAUAUGGUCCUCGAUGAUGAAGAAUGGCGCCAGGUUGACUACCUUCUCUUUAUCACCCAACCCUUCUUUGAUUUCACAGUUGAACUGUCAAAAACGCGGGAUGCGACCACACAUCAUGUUUUUCUGAUUUACAACAAGCUUUUUGAGCACCUUGAGCUAUCAAUCACCCAGCUUACGCGGAAGAGAACUACCUGGAAGCGACAGAUGCUUCAGGCGUUACAAGCUGCUCGAAAGAAGCUUGAUGAGUACUACUCUGAGACAGAUAACGUACGAGGGCAUCUUUACGCAAUCACCACUAUGCUUGCUCCAGCGAAUAAGUUCCAGUUCUUUCAAACAGAUGAUUGGGAUGAUCGUUGGCGUACGAUAUACCGGAAGUCUCUCGAGAACCACCUAAUUGUAUAUAAAGAACGUCUUGCCCAGCAACAAACAUCUCCUCUAUCUCUUUCGUCGGGGGGAGGAAUAUCGCGUCUUGACUCGAUGGUUAAGCCGAAACGUCCCCGCUGUGAGGUAGCAGGCGAUGAGCUUUCGCAAUAUCUUGAUAGUGAUAUAUCGCCUUUGGUGUUUUGGAGGGAGAAUGCCCAUCGUUUCCCUACUCUUGCAGCCCUUGCACGAGAUGUACUUUCAGUCCCUGCGACUGGUGCUGGUGUUGAGCGACUAUUCAAUACUGCUCGAGAUAUGUGUCAUUAUCGCCGUGGAAGAUUAAGUGCAACAACUAUACAGGAGUUAAUGAUGUUUCUUUGUACUUCAAAGUUCGAGAUCGCGGAGGAACAGGCAGAGUUCCUACAGGAGUUCUUCACUCGCGAUGAGAUCGAAGCGUCAAAGGAAGAGAAGGAAAGCACGCCCGAUACAGUCAGCGUCGAUCCAAUUAGUGAUACGGAAGAAGAGCAAACCCAUGAAGAGGAAGAGGAAGAGGAAGAGAUGCAAGUUAUGAUCGAUCAUGAUGACGACCCUCCUCUUCCUUUAAAUCAGGAGGAAAGAACUCAGAUACGUGCUUCAGUACGAGCUCGGAAACGGAUCAGACGUGAUGAGGAUCUAUAUACGUAUUAUUAG